UCGCAGCGCAGAUUUUUACAACCAGGAAGAUAUUUGGCGUGCGGACACUAAUCUACACCGAAACGCCCUUAAUAAUACCCGCGAUUGUUGGUGGUGGUGUGGUGCAAUAUUCCGCUAUGGCGUUGAAUUGCGUGCUCGCAUUGCGCGAUGUCACUUCGAAAAUUGGGCCAUUCCCGUAUUGCAAAGAUACUGCAUACAAAGAGUUUGGAAUCUUCCCAGAACGAUUCAAAUUUAUAUUUAUUCUCUUUCACUUUCAGACACUUGAAAUCGCUAACUACUUAAUCCUUUGAACAACGAGCAAAGUCUUUGUGUCAAAUCCGAUCACUCGAAUUCACCGAACCACGUUCCCGGUACGACAUCGCAAGAUCGGCAAAGUUGCGCAAUUUGAGCCUCAACUCGUUGAGCCUCAAUUAUCUUGAAAAAUGGCACCCGGUCUAGACUUGAGUGCACUCGCAAACGAAGUCGUAGAAAAAGACCCUUCAACUCUAUCCACCAAAUCCAGCGAGCCGACUGCACAAUUGUCCUCAAAAGGCGCCACUGUGCUCGACCCAUCAUUGAUCACAACUGAAUUCGACGCCUUGCGAUUCGAAGCUGCCGCAUUCGGUCAAUUGAACUCAGCCGACAGUGAGCAUGAAAACAAGAAUUCAGAAAAAGAGACCAUCCAAACAUCAUCAUUUCUGAUCUCUUCACCAUACAACAACCCCGGCCACUACCUCGACCUCAACGACCUCGACACAUCUAACCAAAUCUUCAGCAAAGCUCUCACAGCCUUAAAACCCGUACAACCGGAUUAUGCAACUGCACCGUACACUGAAGGAUUGAACUUCGACAUUGUCCUCGAGCUUGUCCGGAAAUUGGCCAAAGACGAGGGUUUCCAAUGGAAAGAGCAGUUCUUCUACGUCGUCAUCUUCCGCUCUCAGCUCAAUAAAGAUAUCGACAACGAUUGGCUCUACAAGCUAGACUACGAGAGUCAUCGCGAAGCAUGCGAGUCCGGAGGCUUGUUGAAGUAUUGGUUUGGUGCGACGAAUGGUGAACGGAGGAAUAUGGCAACGUGCUUUUGGCGCUCUCGAGAAGAUGCAUAUGCAGGCGGACUUGGACCAUGGCAUAAGAAAGCCCGGGCUGCUGGCCGUGUCCUGUACGAGUCGAUCGUCUUCUCUACGCACAAAUUUACUAUCCUGGACGACGCUACGGACUUCCGAUUCGAGGACUGGAACGAGCCGCAUGCACGACCAAAAUCUUCUCAUGAAGCUUAGACCGAGGUUUCCAAUACCGGGUCCAACUUCGACGUGAU